CUCCACUGAAAAGGAUCACAAUAGCUGGUUUGUAGACAAUGGAGUACAAAUCAUGUUACAAACCAAAGACACGUAUUCAAGACUUUUGAGUAUUUUGAUCGAUCACAUACUGUAACGACAGCUAAUGGACAGGCCAUUGAAGCGAUUGGUAAAGGAAUCAUUGAUGUACAAACAGAUUCAGGAAGUCAUUAGCAAUUGAUUACUCUUAAUGAUAUUUGGUAUGUACCAGGGAUCACAAAAAACUUAUUGUCAGUACUAUCAGCCCAAGACAAGCUCUCAAAUAGCAUCUUAACGUCAAAAGCUACAAAAUGUAAAAUUUUGAUUAGUAACAAAAUCCUGUUGGUUGGAGAUAGACAGAAACAAGGUGGACUCUAUAAGCUUCGACUAAGAAAUGUUUCAUCAGAUAAAACAACGGAGAUUAAUGUACUGAACGCAAAGGACAUGUUACGGCUUUAUCAUGAGAGAUUCGCUCACCAUAUAAAACUUACGUGAAAAAGGUGUUGAGCAGAGAAAUUGGAUUGGAGGAUGCAUGUAUGCUCAAGCAUACAGAUUAAAAUUUGAUACUAGAGAAGGUGUUACAUAGCCAGGAGACUUAUCUUUGCAGACGUUUGUGGACCCUUCAUGUACUGGAUAUCGAUACUUUUCAAAGACGCCUAAUCUAGGUUCCGAUUCGUCUAUUUUCUGAAAGAAAAAUCAGAAGUCUACAAAAAGUUGGAACUUAUGUUAGCUGAGAUAAAGGCGACAGUACAUAGAGUCAAAGAACUUUUUACAGAGAACGGAGGUGAAUUUGUUGAUGAGAAGGUUAGAACUAUAUUAUAAUCGAAUGGCAUCAAGCACGGAGUGACAAUGCCACAUACUCCUCAGCAGAAUGCGUGCGAGAGAGAAAACAGAAUAGUUGCUGAAGCAGCUAGAAUUAUAAUGUAUGCGCGAGGUUUUCCUCAAGGCCUAUGGGCUGAAUUAGUAAACACGUCAGUCUAUAUCUUGAACCGUACUGGUCCAACGGUGUAUGUCACCGUACGAAUUGUGGUACAACAAGAAACCCAGAAUUGCUCAUUUAAGAAUAAUAGGAAGUACUUGUUAUGUGCAUGUUCCUAAGGUUACAAGAAAAAAGUUAGACAAAAAAGCAGUAAAAGAAAUUAUAGUAGUAUAUAAUGAAAAUGAAGUAUACAGAGUUUGGAUCAAAGACAAAAAUACUUUGGCAAACUCAUGAGAUGUAAUUUACGAGUACAAGAUUAUUACUCCUACUAAUUUAUUUAUUUAUAAUCAGGCUACAUAGGCCCAUAUAUAAAUACCAUAUAUUCUAACAUAUAUACAGAUAUAAAACAUUGUUGUUAGUAAAUAAAAUUACUAACUAUGUUAGUAAACGCCAAACUAACACGUAUAUACGGCGACGUGUGACGCGAAGUGGUGUCAGGUAAUCAACCUCGGAACCGCCGGAACACGGCACCUUCCGGCCAAAGAUCUUCCUUCAUGAAAGUCGCCAGAUGUUCAUUUGGCACCAUCACCACAAAUGAAUUAAAAUUCACAUUAUGACGGAACUCCAACCGUGCGACUCUCAGGGAGAACUUGGUCUUUAUUCGCAGGUACUCCACGAUCUCCUCUUCCUUCGUAGAGUAAUGAAAUUGAAAUUCCAUUAUAUGCUGAAUCUAUAGACAUACACGAGGAAACUGUUUCCGAGGAAGCUACUAUGCCAGAAGCAUCAGAUUUGCCUGAAAAUCAAAACAUGGAUCAAGAUGACGAUUAAGAAGAAUCCGCUAUUGAAAAUGAAGUAUUCGAAUCUGAGAAUGAAUAUGAGGACGACGAAAUUCUCUCAAGACCAGAAAUACUUGGCCAACGUAGGAUAUCGCUUAGAGAUCGUUCAAAGCUCAGUGCACCGAAGAGAUUCGAAGAUUUUGUGAUGAGUCUAAAACUUAGAUGAUUUAAAAGAACCAAGUUCAUCCGAAGAAGCCAUUGCUACUAAUAAAAAGGAUAAAUGGCAAAAGGCGAUGUAUGAAGAGUUUCAAUCCCUAAAAGAAAAUGAGCCUUGGGAAUGGUUCCUCUUCCUAAAGGCAGAAAGGCAUUGACAUGCAAAUGGAUCUUUAAGGUGAAGAAAAAUCCAGACGGGUCUAUUGAUUGCUAUAAAGCUAGAUUGGUGAUUUAAAGCUAUUUUCAGAAGAAAGGUAUAGACUACUACGAAACCUUUAGCACAGGAGCAAGAAUGUGUACUAUUCGUCUACUACUAAGCAUUGCUGCAAAAAACAAGAUAAAACUCACUCAAUUUGAUGUCUCCAUAGCAUUUUUUUAUGGGACAUUAAAUGAAGAAAUCUACACGAAACAACUGCAAGACUAUAACGACAAUAGGGAUCGAGUUUGUAAGUUGAAGCUCAGUCUUAAUGGAUUAAAACAGGCACCACGAUGCUGGAACAACUGUCUAAAAGAUUUUUUACUAGAAAUUGGGUUUACGGAAAGCAAAGCUGAUCCCUGCCUCUACAUAAGGAAACAGAAGGUGAAUAUUACGUAUGAUGAUUGCCCUGUACGUAGAUGACAGACUUGUGGCUGCGGUAAACCAGAGAGAAUGCGAAAUUUUCUUUGAAGAGCUUAAAGGCAGAUUUAAAGUACGAACAAAACCUGCAAACUUUUUUCUAAGACUUGAAAUUGAGACCAAGAAGAAUGGUUCUAUUAAUGUAACGCAGAGUAGUUAUACUAAGAAACUCAUAGAGAAAUUAGGAAUGGAUAAUAGUAAAGCUGCUGGAACUCCAAUUCUCAAGCAAAAUUUACAAGGCUCACAAAUAAGAGAAGAUACUGAAGUAAGCUUUCCUUACCGUGAAGUUGUGGGUAUGCUCAUGUAUUUAAUGGUUUGCACUAGACCAGAUAUAGCAUUUGCUGUCAUCGUUGUCUUGAGGCAUUUCGAGAAGCCUGAUAACCAAGACAUAAUUAAUGUUAAGAGGAUCAUGCGCUAUUUAAAAGGUACUCUUGACACUGGUUUUGAGUACGGACGAGACACCCUCAAACAUAGAUUGGUCUGCUAUAGUGAUGCAGAUCAUGAUAGUGACUUAGAAACUGGACGCUCUACGUCAGGGAUGGUUUGACUGUACGGGGGAAGUAUUAUUGCAUGGAAAAGCAGCAGGCAGUCUUCUACAGCUGUCUCCAGCACUAAAGCUGAAAUUAUUGCUGUCAGCGAAACAGCAAGAGAAAUAAUAUGGCUGAAAAGACUCAUCGAAAGUAUAGAACCAAGCAAAGAGUUGCCAGUCCUAUAUGUAGAUAAUGAGUCUGCUGUAAGUUUAGCAAAGAACCUUUACGAGUUUCACCACAGAACCAAGCAUAUCAGAUUACGUCACUUCUUUGUAAGAGAAACUAUACGAGAUGGUACUCUGGAAGUAAGAAAGAUACCCAUUUAGUAUCAACAAAAUUGUGUGACCAAAAUUGAAACUAAAGUCAUCAUAGCCUUAUUUAAUUUUCUGUGUUAUUAUAUCAUAAAAAGCUAGCAAUUUCUUAAGAUCCUUUCAACGCUAUUUGUUGGUUCCAAAGAUAGCAAAUGCCAAUCAAAUUUCCAUCGUUAAAGACUGACAUAUUAUUCACUUUUAAUAGCUUGCAGUAAUGUGACUACCAGGAGUUCCAGGUGUUAGUACCUUGAUUAACUAUAAACAAACCACGGACCUGAAAAAAAGACGGACGUAACCUCGUGUAAUCGUGAGUGAAGCAUGCCAAUGGCCGCCCGCUUACCGAGAUUUGUCAGAUUGGCCGACAAUUCAAAUAAAAUUCCAGGAACUAGUAGCCUGUAAUAUGCGUAAAACUCUCGAACUACCGUUUAAGCCUUUAUACUUUUAAAAGUGUCACACAUAAUUCCUUUUACUGCAUUAAAAAUCGUCUUUGAAACAAUAAAUUUGAUGUUUUUUUCAAGAUAUAUCCACGUCCAUCGUACGGCAUAUCAACUAAGGACAAACACUCAUUAACUUUAAUAAUGCGUACGUACAACGUUAAAGCGGAAUCCUAUGUCCUUAUUUAUUUGUCAUCUUUUAAGUAAAGCAUUGAAUAGUAUUGUAGCACCGAUAUUGCAACAAAUCUGUAAACUCACCCUUGCAUAAUCUCUGUGAUCUGUGCAUUCGUGUUGCUAAUGACAACCAAUAAAUAUGAUGUUUAUUUGAAAUGUUUUUGCAACAGGUACAAAAAAAUAUAAACCACACACAUUCUUAGAUCAGUAAAUAACCUUUUACCACAUAUUAUAUAGUAGCAAACUAAUACCGAUUUGUAAUAGAAUCAGAAACUACCUUUACGUCGAAUCAAUCCCCUGAAAUGCCAGCGCGCGAAGCGCCGUGUGUUGAGUUGGGUAGCGUUCCUCAAACUCCAACUAUUGUGGAAUCACCUUCUCUGUCGGAAAUAUCGAGUGCGAGUUCCCCGGAACCACAAAAUGUGCGAGCAACACCUCUUUUCAGGGCCCUAGCAAUGCCACCUCCGGAACCCGCACAGCCUCCAGGCCAGGAAGAGCUGGAGCGCCGGUUACCAGGCUAUAGGCGUAUUGUUAUUCCCAGGGAAUUGACCUUAAUAGAACUACUUAAACAGUGCAGCGGCGUUACUACAGACGAAGAAGUCUUGCGAAUUAGGGAAGCAAAAUUGAGAGUGAUUGCUGAACGUGUCGGGUUGAGGAGACUACACGUGUUAGCACCACUUCUUCGCUCUUUGAUUCUCGACGGAAGUGCAUUAUCAUCCUUGCGCGAUCUUGGAAUUGGUUUAGUUCACCUUAAGGUUUUAAGCGUGAAUCGAUGUGGAUUGACGUGUCUAGACGGCGUAUGGGGUCUGGGAGCACUUUGUGAAUUCUACGCUGCUGGAAAUCGUCUCCAUGAUUUGCAACCUUUAGCAGCUUUACAAAAGCUACACACCUUAAAUUUAGCAAACAAUCCCAUAGCGGACACUAAUCGCAUAUGGACACUGGGAGUCUGUGGUUCUCUUCGUCGUUUGACUUUGAGUGGUACUCCUGCAGCUGAUACUUCUCACUACCGUGCAAGAGUCGCGGCAACCUUGCCGAUGCUUGUAUAUUUAGAUGAUCAUCCUUUACAUGCAGAUAUCGAUUACGAAUGGGAUCAAAUGUUGGAAACGUGCGGCUCGGAUUCUGAAGAAGGCGAUGAGGAAGUAGCGCAGUUGAUGCGGCCGGUGGACGAAGAUCCUCCAGCCGAGCCCGAAGCGAGACCGUCCAAGCAGUUUCCUAAUGUCGAGACAUCGAAUAAACCAGCUCAAGGAGGCGGUGACGCAGGCGCUAAAUCUUCAUUGGCUUCAGUCAUCCGGUCAAGGAGGCCAGCCACGACAGAGGGAGCGGGCGCGAGGCCGCCCAGACCGAAUAUGCCCGCGCGGCCCCGUACUGCACAUGAUCGCCCCAACAUAGACGCACCUUCUCGGCUGCAAAUACUCAAUACAUUAAUGGACGAGGAGUGGCGCUGUAGUGGAAGCAAGCUGACGUCCCACGGAGCGGUGUGCGGAAACCUGACGCACGCUCUACGGCGUCCAGCAUCUGCUCGUAGACCUUCUGAAGCUGACAUUGAGAGGGAGUUGGUGCAGCAAACCAUGGAGGACGCAGCUCGAGCGCUUGCCGAGGAGAUUCCAAGGGUGCCAUGCAUCGAAGACUGGGCUCGGUUCAGGGAAGAGACUGGGAUCGACAUCGAUAUUGAUUUUAAUCAGAGGCCGAGAGAUGCGGAUCCGUCAGAGGUAAUGGAUCGUCUAGAAAGGAUUGAAAAGGAAACCAUGGAGAGAUUCAAACAGGAAGAAGAAAGUCAGAGUGCCGGGACUGCUUCUCCGGAUUCCACAAACAACAGCGAACCGAAAAUGUUGAAUAGUCAUGAUAUCUUUAGAGAAAUACGUUUAGAUCAAUUGCCAGAACCAACAGAAGAAGUAGAUAUUUUAUUCAACGAUUUGUUCAGAAUUAGUCCUGUUCAUACAAAUAUUCUGCUUAAUAGCACCGGAUAUCGACCGCAAUGAAGGAAAGCAAUUAUUGUUGUCUUACGAUCGUAACAGGGAAAAGAAGUCAUGCUGAUUUCUUUUAUCUGUAUUAAAUUAGUUAUAUUUGCUCGUGUAAUACAAGACAAAGUAUAGGUCGCAUUUUGUAGGUCAGAUUUAAUAUUUUUCUACCUAAUCAUUUUAUUUAUAGUAUCACAGAUGCAUCUAAAACAAGAAAUUUGAAAGAUUCAGACCGUGUAAGGUCAACCUACAGCCACCCCUAUACUUGUUAAAGUUUACGAUACAUGAUAUAUCAAACAGUUUAUGAAUACCUAGUUAAGAGGUUUGUAUUGUUUAUUAUUAUUUCUUGAAAUUAUUUGGAUUUAAUAUUAUUCCUAAAAACUGUGUAGUCAUUAGUGACCUUUUCAUUUUAUUAUAAUUCACAACGGAAUAACUCUAUUUUGCUUAGUCUGUUAGCUUCUUAGAAGCUCAAAAUAUACCUAAUUAUUAGAAAGUAGAGAUUUAAUUCAAGAAUACAGGUAUCAAAGAAACAUUUUACUAGAUUUGUUUGUGCCACUUCGUAAUUAAAAAUAUAUGUUUAAGUAGGUGCAUUACGAUACGUACGAUAUAUGUAGUUCCAUAGGCUUAAGGCCAAAGACAAUUAAUUAGCGGUAGAAUACACGCUGCGCAUUAUGUACUAUUUAUGUGAUAGUUUUUGGAUCUCUUUUGUUAAUUGGAAAAAAUAAUAUUAGGUCUUUGCCUAAAACUAUGAAAUUGCCGUUUUUCAUGAAAUGAAUAAACACCCUUUUUUCUAUAUUUUUAUUAAUCAUUGAUGCCCUUUUUGAAAAAGUCUGCUGGACAGGAGGUAAUAAAUUCUUCAAAGGCACUUUGAACUGCCUCUGGGUUAUUGAAUUUUUUCCCCGCUAAGAAGUUAUCCAAAUUCUGGAAAAAGUAAGAGUCUGAAGGGGCGAAGUCUGGUGAGUACGGUGUAUGACGGAGAACUUCCAACCCCAGCUCUUUUAACUUGAAGAUAGUCUGCCGUGCAGUAUGAGGUCGCACGUUGUUGUGUUGGAGCAGCGGAGCCGAACGAUUGACCAAAGCUGGUUGGAGAUGUGCGAGCUUCUCCAUCAUUGUCUUCAGUUCUUCACAGUAAUGCAUACACAUCUGCAGUAAUGCGGAUCCCGUUUGGUAAGAAGCUGUGAUGAAUGAUAUCGGCGUUAGACCACCAAACAGUGACCAUCACUUUUUUAGGGGUCAGUUUUUAUUUGGGACAUUGUUAGGUGCUGAACCAGGGACUAACCAACUUGCUGAGCGCCUGCGAUUGUCGAGAAGAAUUAAUUUAUCAUCGUAAGUAACAUUAUUCAAUAUGUCUUCGUUCGUCUACUGUUGAGCAGUGCAAGGCUCGAUUCGACGCGUACUUCGCGCUGGCAAUAAUUCAAUUCGUGGGGCACCCAUUUGUCAAGCUUUUUUACCUUGCCAAUUUGACGCAAAUGGACCAAUAUUGUUUUGGCGCUAACAUCAAAAGCUAAUUGAGCUGUAGAUUGAGAAUUAUCAGCUUCCACAAUCGCCUUUAAUUCGUCAUUGUCGACUAAAGAUCGACUACGGGGUUAAUUUCUUAGGUCGAAAUUUUCUAGAACGGAAUUGGACAAACCCAUAACGGGUGGUGGUGCGAUCGUUAGUAGUGUUCGCUCCGUAUACGUCGUUGAUUUUGCGUGCCGCUUCUGCGGCUUUGUUUUAAAUAAAUGACUAAUUUUCAUAAAAGAAUACCAUAUUUAAAAAAUCUAAAUGAUUUGAACUUACAAUUCCUAGCGUAAAAAGAAAGGACUUGAAUUUUUUUUAUAGAUAGGUGCGACAAAUGACUCCACCCCUCCUGAUGUUAAGUGAUGGUGAAGUCCAGACGUGAAGAUAGCUGGUACAGCAGUUCUACCUGCCACCUCACCAUCCUCACCUUGCCGGCCUGCAUGUUGCUUCUUCACGCCUCUUUUAAAGGAUCCCACGUUGUAAGAAGGAGGGAACACGUGAGCAGGCAGAGCAUUCCAUUUACGGAUAGUGUGACAAAGAAAUGAGUCACCAAAUUUCUUUGUACGCGUCAGCAAACGGCAAUUUCAUAGGUGAAGUCCUAUUUUUAUUCCAUUGUUUUGGUUAAUAAUUAUUAAGUUAUGUUUCUCGGAGAACGUUGUCCACUUUCACGUUUGGUAUUAUAAUCUUUCAAUUUAAAUGAAAAUUCAAGGUAUGAUUUAUAACUGGUUGUAGCUACUAUGUGAAACUACUUGUACAAACAAUAAUAUUAUUAAUCAGUCUGUGCAAGUUACAUUUAGCAUAGUUUGGGAUUAUGUGACACGUUUCUGGGCUUAAUAUUUUAUGUUUUUUUAAUAUAUUCUUACUUUUGUUUGUCAUAAACAUAACAGGUUUUCAAUAAAAUUUGUGUCAGCUUUGUUUGAUGUUCACGUAAAGUAACUGAUAGGAUUUUUAUGUAAUAGGAUUUUUGGUUGUCUUUCCUUCUUGUCAGUUAAAUAGUAUCAAAAUUAUGUCACUUAUAGUAAAAAAUAGUACAUUAUUCACCGAGGAGUGAAAGUAACCGAUUACCAACGAGGGUGUAGUUUGAGGCCUUAAUACAACCGAGUUGGGAAUAGCACUUUCUUUUAAGGGAUACAUAGUACUUUAAACUAAAAAAGGAAAUAAAAGACACAUUCUUAAAUUGAAUACUAAAGUUGUUACAUUACAUGCUCUUUUGCCUGGGAGCAUAAUCUUGAUUUCACGACUAAUAGGUUCUCAAUGACUGCUAAGGUUUUGUAGUAGUUUCUUUUAAUUCUAGCAGUGUCGAUAAAUCUUUAUUAUCAGUCAUAUACACCGUUUCGAUUAGAUAGUAAAACAAAUAAAAACUGUUAAAAUAAAACAAUAAGAA